AUGGCUCCUCCUGCCGCGGGGGGCGCAGCCCGUAGCCCCUGGCUCCCGGGGGUGACGACCCCCCUGCCGCCGCCGCUACUGCUGCUGCUGCUGCUGACGCCGCUGUUGGCCGGGAGCGCUGCGCUGGAGAUCCAGCGGCGAUUCCCCUCGCCCACCCCGACCAACAACUUCGCCCUGGACGGCCCCGGCGGGAAGGUGUACCUGGCGGCGGUGAACAGGCUCUACCAGCUGUCGGGUCCCAACCUGAGCCUGGAGGUGGAGGAGGCUGUGGGGCCGGUGCGGGACAACCCCCUGUGCCACGCCCCGCAGCUGCCCCAGGCCUCCUGCGAACACCCCAAGAUGUUGACCAACAACUACAACAAAAUCCUCCAGCUGGACCCGGGACAGGGCUUAGUGGUGGUCUGCGGCUCCGUCUACCAGGGCUUCUGCCAGCUGAGGCGCCUGGGCAACAUCUCGGCCGUGGCCGUGAGCUUCCCCCCGACGGCGGACGGCGCCGAGCCGGUGGCUGUCUUCCCCAGCAUGCUCAACGUAGCAGCCAACCACCCCAAUGCCUCCACGGUGGGCCUGGUGCUGGAGCCACCGUCGGGGGUCCUCGGAGGUGCCAGUGCCGGGGGAACCAGGCUGCUGGUGGGAGCCACCUACACCGGCCUCGGGAGCCAGUUCUUCCCCCCCAACCAAAGCCUGGAGGACCAUCGCUUUGAGAACACCCCUGAGAUCGCCAUCCGCUCCUUGGACACGCGUGGUGACCUGGCCAAGCUCUUCACCUUUGACCUCAACCCCUCCGACGACAACAUCCUCAAGAUCAAGCAGGGGGUCAAGGCUCAGCACAAACUGGGUUUCGUCCGCGCCUUCCUGCACCCAGGCAGCAGCAGCGGCCCAGAGGCGCCCCACCGACGGGACGGACCCCGGGCGCCCGCAAAUCCCGCCUACGCCUACCUGGCCCUAAACAGCGAGGCCAAGGCUGGAGACAAGGAGAGCCAGUCUCACAGCCUGCUGGCCCGCAUCUGCCUGGGCUGGGGACCAGCCGGGGGCCCUGGCGGGGCGGCCGCAGAGACCAAGAAGCUCACCGAAUCCUACAUCCAGCUGAAGUUGCACUGCGGCGGGCAGACGGGCGGCGAAGUCUUCAACCGUCUGGUGUCCGUGUUUCCGGCGGCGCCGGGGCCGAGCCGGCCGGAGGACCUGCUGUUCGGGGUGUUUGAGCGGGCGGCACCGGGCGGCACCGGGACCGCCACAGCACGCGCACAGUCUGCCCUCUGUGUGUUCCGCUUUAGAGACAUCGAGGGCGCGAUCCGGGCGGCACGGAACGCGUGCUUCGUGGACCCCUCGCCCGAUGUGGUCGCGGUCCUGGAGAGCGUAGUCCAGGGCACGGGGCCGGCUUGCGAGAAGAAAAGGAACAUCCAGCUCCAGCCAGAGCAGCUAGAUUGUGGUGCUGCCCAUCUCCAGCAUCCGCUGUCCAUCCUGCAGCCCCUCAAGGCCACACCAGUGUUUCGCUACCAGGGGCUAACUUCUGUGGCUGUGGCCAGUGUCAACAACUACACCGUUGUGUUCCUGGGAACAGCCAAUGGGAGGCUUCUCAAGAUCAACCUGAACAGUACGAUGGACAUGAUGAGCAGGAAGUCUAUCACGGUGGCUUAUGGGGAAGCAGUGCACCACAUCAUGCAGUUUGACCCCUCGGACCCCAGCUACCUCUACGUGAUGACGUCCCACCAGAUGGCCAGGGUGAAAGUGGCCGUGUGUGAUCAGUAUACAACCUGCACAGACUGCCUGGCAGCCGAGGAUGCCUACUGUGGCUGGUGCGCCAUGGAGACCAGGUGCUCCCUCCAGCAUGAGUGUGCCAACUCUACUCAACCCCAUUUCUGGACCAGUGCCAGUGAGGGCAUCCAGCGCUGCCCAUCCAUGACCAUCCUGCCCUCGGAGAUCAAUAUCCACAAGGCGUACUCAGGUAUGAUCAUCCAAAUCAGCGGGAACAUGCCCAGUCUGAGUGGGAUGGAGAUGGCCUGUGACUAUGGGAAUGGCAUCCACACUGUGGCCAGGGUCCCUGGCCAAGACUUCAGCCACCAGAUCGCUUUCUGCAACUUCCUUCCGAGGGACAAGUAUCCUGAAUUUCCAUCAGACCAAGACCACGUGACCGUCCAGACAGCUGUGCAGGUCAAUGGCAGAAACAUCGUCUGGGCCAAUUUCACCAUCUAUGACUGUACUCGCACGGGAAGAGUCUACCCACAUACAGCAUGCACCAGCUGUCUGUCCACCCGAUGGCCCUGUUUCUGGUGCAUUCAGCAGCAUACCUGUGUCUCCAAUGUGUCGGAGUGUGGGAACACACCAAACCUCACAGACAGCCAGGGCUGCCCCAGGAUCCUGCCUAUGCCACUAGCCCCAGUGCCCACCGGAGGCCUGCAGAACAUCCAUGUCUCUUUGGCCAACACUGACUUCUUCUCCCAGGGUUUGUCAUUGGCAUGCAACUUUGGAAGCGAUGAGAACUUUGAAGCCACCUGGGUCAACGCCUCAGAAAUUCAGUGUAGCAAUGUCGUGUCCCAGUGCAUGGGGAGAGAGGACCUGGGCCACCGAUGCAUCUGGAACGAGGGCUGCAGGCUGAAUCCGCAUCCCCAGCCAGUCCCCACCACCUGCCCUGCCCCAGAGAUCAGGAAGAUCGAGCCCCUGAGCGGCCCCCUGGAAGGAGGGACCCUUCUGACGAUCCGUGGGAAGAACCUAGGCCGCAGAUUCAGCGAAGUGGCCCACAGCACGUGGAUCGGUGGUGUGGCCUGUGAACCUCUCGAGAGCAGAUACGUCGUCUCUGAGGAGAUUGUUUGCUGGACUGGCCCGUCACCCAGCCCCUUUUCUGAUGUCAUAACUGUUAACGUGAGCAAAGAGGGGAAGUCGAGGGAACGCUAUUCCUAUGUGCUUCCAGUUGUCUAUUCCAUGGAACCAGAUAUUGGCCCAAAGGCUGGGGGCACCAGAGUGACUAUCCGAGGGAGUGACCUUGGAGUGGGAUCUGAACUCCAUGUCCUGGUCAAUGACACCAAACAGUGUUUGAAUCUCGUGCGCACCGAGAGCACCAUCACCUGUACCAUGCCAAGAGGGGAGCUGCUUGCCACUGUCCGUGUCUGCGUGCGUUUCGAGCACAAAUCUUGCAUCGGCAGCAACAUCACUUUUGACUACAUGAGGGACCCAAUCAUCACGGCCAUCAGUCCCAAAAAGAGCCCAGUCAGUGGAGGGAGGACCAUCACUGUGGAGGGCAGUCGGUUCGACAUGGUGCAGAACGUGUCCAUGAUGGUGAAUUACAUUGGCAAGGAGCAGACGCUCUGUAAAGUUCUUAAUUCCACCCUAAUCACCUGCCCCUCCCCUGGGGCCACAGCCAACAAGUCAGCACCUGUGAAUUUUUUCAUCAAUGGGCAACCAUAUGAGGAUGAGCAGGUCGCCAUGGAAGACCCUGGAGAACCUAAGAAUUUGCUUCCCAGCAGCAGGUUCAGCCUGGAGUAUCUACCUGAUCCCCAGUUCUCCACUGCCAAGAGGGAAAAAUGGAUUAAACACCAUCCAGGGGAGCCUCUCACCCUGGUCAUCCACAAAGAGCAUGACAACCUGGGUCUGGAGUGCCACGAGUAUCAAGUGAAGAUUGGCCAGACUUCCUGCGAGAUCCAGAUUGUCUCAGACAGAGUUAUUCACUGCUCGGUCAACGAGUCCCUGAGCACCUCGGAGGGACACCUGCCCAUCACGAUCCAGGUUGGGAAUUUCAACCAGACCAUCGCCACCCUGCAGCUGGGCGGGAGCGAGACAGCCAUCACCGUCUCCGUUGUCAUCUGUAGCGUCCUGCUCCUCCUGUCCAUCGUGGGGCUGUUUGUUUUUUGUACCAAGAGCCGCAGAGCUGAGCGAUACUGGCAGAAAACUUUACUGCAGAUGGAAGAAAUGGAAUCCCAGAUCCGUGAAGAAAUCCGGAAAGGCUUUGCUGAACUGCAGACAGACAUGACGGACCUGACCAAGGAGCUGAACCGAAGCCAGGGCAUCCCUUUCCUGGAAUACAAGCACUUUGUGACUCGCACUUUCUUCCCCAAGUGUUCCUCCCUCUACGAGGAGCGAUACAUACUGCCUUCUCAGCCGCUCAACUCCCAGGGGGGAGCUCAGGUCCAGGAAACUCAUCCGCUACUAUUGGGGGAGUGGAAAAUCCCCGAGAGCUGCCGGCCCAAUAUGGAGGAAGGGAUCGCCCUGUUCUCCACCUUACUCAACAACAAGCAUUUCCUCAUUGUCUUCGUCCACGCUUUGGAACAGCAAAAGGACUUUGUCGUUCGAGACAGGUGCAACCUGGCCUCCCUGCUCACCAUCGCCCUACAUGGGAAGCUGGAAUAUUACACUAGCAUCAUGAAGGACCUGCUGGUGGACCUCAUCGAUGCCUCUGCCUCCAAGAAUCCCAAGCUGAUGCUUCGCCGGACAGAGUCUGUGGUGGAGAAGAUGCUCACCAAUUGGAUGUCCAUCUGCAUGUACAGCUACCUGCGGGAGACCGUGGGGGAGCCCUUCUUCCUGCUCCUGUGUGCUAUCAAACAGCAGAUUAACAAGGGAUCCAUCGAUGCCAUCACUGGGAAGGCUCGCUACACACUCAAUGAGGAGUGGCUGCUGAGAGAGAACAUUGAAGCCAAGCCCAGAAACCUAAACGUGUCCUUCCAGGGCUGUGGCAUGGACUCUCUGAGUGUUCGGGCCAUGGACACAGACACGCUGACUCAGGUGAAGGAGAAGAUCCUGGAGGCUUUCUGCAAGAAUGUGCCCUAUUCCCAAUGGCCUAGGGUGGAGGAGGUUGACUUGGAGUGGUUCGCUUCAAGCACCCACAGUUACAUUCUACGGGACCUGGAUGACACUUCCGUGGUAGAAGAUGGCCGAAAGAAGCUCAACACUUUAGCACAUUAUGAGAUUCCUGAAGGAGCUUCACUGGCCAUGAGCCUGACAGACAAGAAGGACGCCACUCUAAGUCGAGUGAAGGAUUUGGACACUGAAAAAUAUUUUCAUUUAGUGCUUCCUACUGACGAAUUGAUUGAGAGUAAGAAGUCACACAAGCAAAGCCAUAGAAAGAAGGUUCUCCCUGAGAUCUACUUGACUAGGUUGCUUUCAACCAAGGGCACGCUGCAGAAAUUUCUGGACGACCUGUUCAAAGCCAUCCUCAGCAUCCGGGAAGACAAGCCUCCCUUGGCCAUCAAGUAUUUCUUUGAUUUCUUGGAAGAGCAGGCUGAGAAGAGAGGAAUCACAGACCCAGACACUUUGCACAUUUGGAAAACCAACAGCCUACCUCUGCGAUUCUGGGUCAACAUUCUGAAGAACCCCCAGUUUGUCUUCGACAUCGACAAGACUGAUCACAUAGAUGCCUGUCUUUCUGUCAUUGCCCAGGCCUUCAUUGAUGCCUGCUCCAUCUCUGACCUACAGUUGGGCAAGGAUUCACCAACCAAUAAGCUUCUCUAUGCCAAGGAAAUUCCCGAGUACAGGAAAAUCGUUCAGAGAUACUACAAACAGAUUCAUGAUAUGACUCCUCUCAGUGAGCAGGAAAUGAAUGCCCACCUCGCUGAAGAAUCUCGGAAAUAUCGGAAUGAGUUCAACACUAAGGUUGCCAUGGCUGAGAUUUACAAAUAUGCCAAGAGAUACCGUCCUCAGAUUAUGGCAGCAUUAGAGACGAAUGUCACCACGCGAAGGACACAGUUGCAGCACAAGUUUGAACAAGUCAUUGCACUCAUGGAGGAUAACAUCUAUGAAUGCUGCAGUGAGGCCUGAGACCUUCUCCUACAGCCGGGCUGGCCCUGCCCCUCCCCCACCCCCAGAAGUGACCUUCUGCUAUCCAGUGCACUGCUAACUCUGAGACGUCUUUUUAAAAAAAAAAGUAUAUAUAUAUAUAUAUGAAUAUAUAUAAUAUAGACAAUAAAUAUCUAUUUUAUGGUGUGCUGUAUGGUGAAGAAGAAAAAAAGAAGAAAGCAACCCAGGGACAAAACCCCAAAAUGCAGAAUAGGAUGGGCGACCCACCGAAGCCAUGUUUUGUCCUUUCUUUGAUUCAUUUUAUUUUUUAAACCACUUGCACAGCCCCAAGGCUGAAGAAAAACAGAGAUGUCUACCAGGACUUCACCGAAAAUUCUUCCCUCCACUGGGGCAAUCAGUUCCCCACAGACUCCCCCAAGGAGAGGAGCUGAUCACCCAGAAAGAGAGAAUGCUGCCCAAGCUGAGCCACAGCUGGGCCACCUCUGGCCACUGCCUCCUUACCCACGUCAGUCCUUCGUCAUCAUCUUCCUUGUGCCCCAGCGACCGCCACAUGGUCUCUUUGUCCAUUACCAUUUCUACUUGGCCCGUAGGUGGAUGGGUAGAGAGAAUAGAUGGAAUGAUGUCAUGGGCCCAACUGAAGCUAGAGAAUUGAGGGACUUAGAGGGGUAGAAAUCUGCUGCCUCUACCCUCUAAGUGUCUGCUAACUUAACUCUUUCCCCAGACUCUGGGGCGACUGGUGCCCCGCAGAGAGCUGGCCCACAGGAUGAGGAAGGAAGGAAGAAUACCCACCUCACUUCCUGAUGGGUGAACCAUCCCUGGCCUCUACCAAAUGCACAUGCACACACACACUCCGGGGCAUAUCCUUCCUGUUCCAAUGGCCUCGAGCCAGAGCAUUAUCUCAUAGAGGCAAUGCAGUCCGGUGGGGGAAAAUGAUAGAUUUGGAUUCAGAGAUCUGGGUUCAUAGUCUGGCUCUGCUGCUUCUUGCCUCUGUGACCUUGGACAAGUCAUUGGGCCUCCCUUUCCUCACGUGAAAAGUGAAGGGGAAGGGUGUUAGUAGUGACCUCUAAGGGGCCUUCCAGCUCCAAGACCUAAGAUCUUUAUGACAAGGCAAAGAAGAAUGUGUGUUUGGGGGACGAGGGCUGGGGUGUCAGGCCCCGGGAUAACAUGUAUCCGGAGAGAUACUCUACUAUAUCUUCUGGGAGAAAGGAUAACUGCCUUCCAUCCUCCAUCCCAAAAUGGUUGGGGUUUAAGUUAAGGCCCUGGCUCCAUUCAGGCCAAGAGUGAGGCAAAAGGAGAAGCCUUGGUUUUGAGGCAUCUCCCGCAUCCAAGAAAUAUUCAUGGGCCCAGAUUGGGAACGGCAGGGCUAUUUUUCCUAAUUCUCUAAGAUGGUGUGAAACGCACUACUCCCCUGCUCCCACUAUCAUCCAGCCUCCUAACUUGUGUCCAUCAGCAUUCCCGAAGGAGCACACACACAUACACACACUCCCACACUCACCCUUCCCCAAAGCCACUUGCGCCUUCCAGGGACUCAGAACUGCACAAAGGUUGACUCCAGACCAGGACAGCUGGAUGGACCAUGUGGAAGGCCAAGCAGAGGACGGGUAUCGGGGCUCUGAUUGUCCCCAUGACCAAAGGGGGACCGGCGCCAACCAACUACUACCUCAUCCAAGCUAGGCCCUGGAGGGGAGAUGCUGGCAUCGACCGCAAUGGUGCCACCAGCCUUAACAAGCAAAUGGCCAUUUUAUUUGUUCCUUGGUUCAGUGACAACAAUGAAAUCCCCAAGCGAAUGGGGAGGGGGUUGGUUUGCAGGCGUGUCACCUAGAUUUGCAGUUUCCAAGGCGCCUGCUGGGCAUUCCUACCCGGAUGGUGACAAUUUCAAAUUUCACACGGAGGGGACGGGCUGAUGGAAGCUGAGAUGGUGAGAACAUAUGGAUGAGAAGCCGCCUUCCAUGACAAGUGGGAAGCUGGGCCUGUAUAUAUUCCACCACAAACCAGUUCUCCCUUGUCUACGUGUCUGGAAUAAUGUACUGGAUGGACGGACGGACCAGGGUUCUGCAAGUAGCCAGACCCCGAGAGGAGGAGGGAACAACAGAGGGGGCCAAGAGACACCAGGGAACUAAAGAGGCGGCUCUGAGAGCACGUCUAUUGGAGGGGAGGAAUUUCCAGAUGAACCAGGGUUGUAGCUGGGCUACGCUGGACUUUCAGAAGAGGUUUCUAAAAAUAGCACCACUUUUUUUUUUUUGCUAAGUUUUUUUAUAAGAAAAAAACACACAAAUCACACACAAACUGUGAAUAGCAGCCAGAUUGCGUGAAGGAUACAGAGGCUGAUGAGAAGGAAUGAAAUGGGAAGAUGGGAAUUUUGUAGCAAAAAUGGGAGGAAACAGUGGUCCUCCCUAGCCCCCGGGACCUAGAAGUGCCUGGGAUGGGGGCGAUCUUCACUUAACACUGGAAAGGUAACACUCCUCAGAAAGCAGUGCUCCUCACAGAGGUGACAGAGGGAGGUUAUACCCCAAUUCCCACUCCCCAAUUAAAAAGCCAAAAAAGCAUUUUUAAUUACAGAUACCCCACCCCACGAACCCUCACACUGGCCCUUUCAAGGGAGGGAGACCAAGCCCCUGGUUUUUCUUUCCUUUUGUGGAAUGAUGGGCAAAGGGUAUCUAUACUGCUGUUCAAGAGGAUGGGUGGGGAGGGAGGGAGCUUUGGAAACUUCUUUGUAAUAAAAACAGGA